ACCCGCCGUAAAGCGUGACUAGCUCAUUCCAGCUAAGGCCAGGAGAUGCAGGCUCUGUGAGGACAGACGCUUUUAAACGCAUUUCGUGUGUGCGCUCAGGAGUAAUAAUACAGUCGUGAGGUUAUGCUGAGUUCGCGGUUGCUGCUCUGUCGACAUGUUUCUGUAGAUGUUGGCAAGCUAGCUCGUUUUUGCUGGACGGUGUUAUGUGUUGAUUGAAGAGCAGUGCGUCACUGCUAAGCUACACGAUGGACACGGCCGAGGAAGCUGAUAUAUGUAGAGUGUGUCGGUCUGAGGGAACUCUCGACAAACCUCUCUACCACCCCUGUGUCUGCACUGGAAGUAUUAAAUUCAUCCACCAAGAAUGCUUGGUCCAGUGGCUGAAACACAGCAGGAAAGAGUACUGCGAGUUAUGCAAGCACAGGUUCGCUUUCACGCCAAUCUACUCUCCGGACAUGCCUUCGAGGCUUCCGGUCCAGGACAUUUUCGCAGGUCUGGUGACCAGUAUAGGGACGGCCAUACGAUACUGGUUUCACUAUACGCUGGUGGCUUUUGCUUGGCUGGGAGUCGUACCUUUAACCGCAUGUCGCAUCUAUAAGUGUCUGUUUACUGGGUCUGUGAGCUCCCUCCUGACCCUGCCGUUAGAUAUGCUCUCCACGGAGAAUCUGCUGGCAGACUGCCUGCAGGGAUGCUUCGUGGUGACCUGCACACUGUGUGCCUUCAUUAGCUUGGUGUGGUUACGAGAGCAGAUUGUCCAUGGCGGAGCUCCUCUGUGGCUGGAGCAGAAUCACGCACAGCCUGCCAAUGCAGCAGGACAGCCCAAUGAGGCCCAGGGGGCAGAGGACGGAGGCGCCGAGAACCAGGCCGUGCCGGCGGCCGCCCAGCCUCCGGCGGAGAACGACGCCGCUGCGGCUCACGCCCCUGCCGACCCCGCCGAGGAGAUGGAGCUGGACAACGAGGACGAGGAGGAGGCUGGUGCUGAAGACGCAGCUGACGGCAACAACGGUGCACAAGACGAUAUGAACUGGAAUGCUCUGGAGUGGGACCGUGCAGCAGAGGAGCUCACGUGGGAGAGGAUGCUCGGCCUGGACGGAUCUCUGGUCUUCCUGGAGCAUGUGUUCUGGGUGGUCUCUCUCAACACACUCUUCAUUCUGGUGUUUGCCUUUUGCCCAUACCAUAUCGGGCACUUCUCGGUGGUGGGACUCGGUUUUGAAGACUACGUUCGUGCCUCUCACUUCGAGGGCCUGAUCACCACCAUCGUGGGCUACGUCCUUCUGGCCAUCACGCUCAUCGUGUGCCACGGAUUAGCAGCGUUGGUGAGAUUCCAGCGAUCACGGCGAUUGUUAGGAGUCUGUUAUAUCGUGGUUAAGGUGUCCUUGUUGGUGGUCGUCGAAAUCGGCGUGUUCCCCCUCAUCUGCGGCUGGUGGCUAGACAUCUGCUCACUGGAGAUGUUCGACGCGUCCCUGAAGGACCGAGAGCUGAGCUUCGAGUCUGCGCCGGGCACCACCAUGUUCCUCCACUGGCUUGUCGGCAUGGUCUACGUCUUCUAUUUCGCCUCCUUCAUCCUCCUGCUCCGUGAGGUUCUCAGGCCUGGAGUCUUAUGGUUUCUCCGAAAUCUCAACGAUCCGGAUUUUAACCCAGUCCAAGAAAUGAUCCACCUGCCAAUAUACAGACACCUCAGACGAUUCAUUUUAUCAGUGGUUGUGUUUGGUUCCAUUGUCCUGCUCAUGCUCUGGUUGCCCAUCCGGAUCAUCAAACACGUCCUGCCCACCUUCCUCCCAUACAACGUGAUGCUCUACAGUGAUGCCCCCGUGAGCGAGCUGUCUCUGGAGCUCCUCCUCCUGCAGGUUGUGCUGCCGGCUCUUCUGGAGCAGGGUCACACACGUCAGUGGCUGAAGGGUCUCGUGCGAGCCUGGACCGUAACCGCCGGCUACCUGCUAGACCUGCACUCUUACCUGCUGGGAGACCAGGAGGAGACCGAGAACAACGGCAACCAGGCGGCCAACAACAAUCAGCAGGCGCGCAACAAUGCCAAUGCUGCGCCAGCGGUUGGCGAGGGGCUUCACGCCGCCCACCAGGCCAUCCUGCAGCAGGGCGGGCCGGUGGGCUUCCAGCCGUACCGCCGGCCGAGCAGGUUCCCGCUCAGGAUCGUGCUGCUGAUUCUCUUCAUGUGCGUGACCCUGCUCUUGGCCAGUUUGGUGUGCCUGACUUUGCCAGUGUUCGCCGGCCGCUGGCUCAUGUCGUUCUGGACGGGCAGCGCCAAGAUCCACGAGCUGUACACGGCAGCGUGCGGCUUGUACGUGUGCUGGCUGUCCAUCAGGGCCGUGACUGUGCUGCUGGCCUGGAUGCCCCAGGGCCGCAGGGUCAUCCUGCUGAAGGUGCAGGAGUGGACGCUCAUGAUCAUGAAGACCCUGAUCGUGGCACUGCUGUUGGCCGGAGUGAUCCCCCUGCUCCUGGGUUUACUGUUCGAGCUGGUCAUCGUGGCCCCCCUCCGAGUCCCACUGGACCAGACGCCUCUCUUUUAUCCCUGGCAGGACUGGGCGUUAGGAGUGUUGCAUGCCAAAAUCAUCGCUGCCAUCACCCUUAUGGGGCCUCAGUGGUGGCUGAAAACGGUUAUCGAACAGGUGUAUGCCAACGGAAUCCGCAACAUUGACCUCCAUUUCAUCAUCCAAAAGCUGGCUGCCCCUGUCAUUGCUAUGCUGCUGCUCUCUCUCUGCGUGCCCUAUGUCAUCGCCGUGGGCGUCGUCCCCAUCGUAGGGGUCACGGCAGAAAUGCAGAAUCUGGUCCAGAGGAGAAUCUACCCCUUCCUGUUGAUGGUCGUUGUUCUCAUGGGAAUCCUCUCUUUCCAAAUCCGACAGUUCAAACGCCUUUACGAGCACAUCAAGAAUGACAAGUAUCUUGUAGGACAGAGACUCGUGAACUAUGAACGCAAAGCCGGUAAACCUGGCGGAGCCACACACAAUAGUUCGGCCCAGGAGUAAAGACGUCGGGGGAGCGCGUGCGUGCGUGCGUGCGUGUGUGUGUGUGUGUGUUCGUGUGCAUGAGAAGGAGACCGGGUGUGUGUGGGUGUAUGUGAGAGUAAACACCCUUGCUUCCUGUAGCGCGCGUGUGUGUGUCCAUCAUUUCUCAUGUCCUCUAAGACUGACGAACUCUUGACUCCUGGCCUCUCAGAUCUUGCCCUGCAAAUUGUAGCUGAAGAGGUAUGAAAUGUGUUUGUAAACAUACAGAAACACAGAGAAAUCCUUCAAGCCAACCUACUUGGAUUUAAAAGUACGUGGCACUGUAUAUCUUCGGAAAAAAAUGGGGACAAAAAAAAAGUAUGUAUAUUAAUUUAUUAAAUCUAGUUGUCACAUUAUUUUGUGGAAUCCCUUUGCUUGGUCAUAAGCAAUGACUGUGGUAUUCUCUCCAGUCUCGGGGAGGCGUGUAGGAGUUUGAGAAUUCAAUCCAACGCCAGCAUCUUGGGACUCGGCUGUAAUGUUAGUAGCCUCUUAUUUAUUAGUUGGGAGUUCCAUGGGGUAAGUCAUUGAUGUUCUUGACGACACGUUCUUGCCUGAGUGGCGGUCCGUCGCUGCCUUUUUGUUAACCGUGUCGCAAAAGUGGCUACGAGAGGAUUCUGGGGUGCACACCUCAGAGGACAAACCAAUUUGGCGCGCCACUGGAGGGUGGCGGUCCUUUAUGCUGAAAAUGGGGUGGUUCUUUAAUUCACAGUUUGUACAGGUCAUCUCCAUGAAUUCUUCUGAAGCGUGUAGUGUACAGAGUGCAGGGGUAGCGGCAUGCAAUGGCUGCUGACGAUGGACAGUAGUGUUUAUGGCUCACAGUGAGCUCCGACGCCUACUUCCGCCCCGGGAUUCGUCCUCUCGCACGUGAAGAGGCCAUCUACAGUGCUAAUUGCUUCAGUGGCUGGCUAGCGUAGACGUUUGCUGUCAAAGUUGUACCGUCGCGUGUCCGUCUCGUAACGCGUGGCCCAAAGAACUAAUUUUCCACUUCACCACCUUACUGACGUUUUUCUGGCAUGUACAGAGAAAUCUCACAGUCUUAAAAACAGUUUGCAAGCCAUUUUGACCAAAACAUCUGAAGCAGUGUGUAGACCUUUCCCACCUUAUUGUAACACACAACUCAUUUAUUAUACAGGAGGUUUGGCGGGACAGAAUAAUUUCUUUGCAUCUGGUUCCUGAACAGAUCCUCACAUUUUGUAAAUAAAUGUACAUUUUUAAAAUUCUUGCGAAUCAUAUUUUGUAGCUAGGCCUGUUUCCCUUCAACGUCACCGUCUGCCGCAAGCCCCGGGCACCUUCAGGCUGCUUCGGUUUGUCGCGGGCUGCUGUAGAAAUAGCCCCUCUGCACUGAGAAUCUCCAAGUGACCUUGCAAGUGAUCUCCUCAUACCGACCCAGAAUACUGCACGCUCCUUAAUCUUGUUUGGGCAGAUGUUUCUAUUUUUAUAUGUGCAACUAGUGAUGGCUGUGUUGGUUUUUGUUUGUCUGUUUGGUUUCUGUUUGUCUUUUUUCCCCCCCUCUGGUUCCUGUCCGGCCCGCUUCCUGGAGUCGUCGCAGGCGGGGACGACGGCCAUUCUGAAGGCGAUGGUGUAGUGGCGCUGUGGGGUGGGUGGGUGCAGGCAGCAUGUAGGUGCAGCACUAAUGACUCUCGCACGUUUGCUCCACCCGGCCUCAUCUGUCCUGUAGCAUGUUUCGUGUGAGACGUAUUCACUAUUCUGAAUGUUUUUUUUUUUUAAAGUCUCCUGCUAGGAGGCAGUGGCUGUAAUUACAUCCUAUUGGCAGAAAAGGGUUUUUUGUUUUGGUUUUUUCCCCCCGGUUCUUUGUUUUGGAGAAUUUUAAUACAAACAUUAAAUCACAAGUGUGGUA